AUGAUCAAGAAUAGGAUAAUAGACGGUAUCUCUAUAAGCCAACCGGUAGAAGCCGAGCCAUGGAAGAUGGAUGAGAAGUUCCGUGGUUAUAUCUAUGAUAAAGUGGAUGACGCAACUUGUGUUAGGCGUUGCAGCCAUGUCGUUCUUUUCACGCUCUGGACGAUGAUGAGACAGGUCGCCGGAACUACUGGGGAUGUACCACCAGGCUGUCUGGGCUGGGACAUCCCUCAAAGCACCUCCUCUGAGUCCGAUGAAGCACGCAUAAGCCGUGAUGCUCGUCUGCUUUUUCCCAUCUAUUAA